AUGGCCGCCAGGUCGCUCCCGCGCUACGGCCGCCACGGGGCGCGCCUCGGAGAGCCCGGGCCCCUGGGGAGGCCUCUGAGCUGCGGCGCCGACCGGGAGGGGAGCGCCGGCGACAGCCGCGGCCCGGCCGCUGGGCGCACGGAGGCCGGCCAGCCCAGCGGGCGCCGCUGCGCGGAGGAGGCCGAGGAAGAGAAGGCGGCGGCGGCGGCGGCGCAGCAGCAGGGCGCCUGCGCGGGCAGCGAGGGGUUAACCGACGCGGAGAAGAGGAUCGUGCGGCUGCACGAGGACGCAUGCGCGGCUGGAAAACAUCACUAUGUGGAUCCAGACACGGGCUACCUCGUGUUCACGGAGGUUGCCCAUUUGCAGAGGAAACACUGCUGCGGCUCUUCCUGCAGACAUUGUCCAUAUGGUCAAACAAAUGUCAAAGAUCCAUCCAAAAAGAAGCGGUUCAAUUCUUUUUUCUAUGUUUGACAAUCGAAGGCUUUUGCAUCCUACCAUGAAGACUGGUGGAAAGGGAGGAAAUAAUCAACCAUCACUCCCACCUCUUCCUUCUUUUCUGCUCCCUAUAAUUUCUGUGUUUUGCAUAUUGGCGUCCCUUUGACCUCUCCUGUUCCAUAUCCUGAAUAUUUGCCAAUGGUAAUUUAAAAAAUCCAUAUGUGUGCCAGUGA